AUGGACUUUUGCUUUUUUCUCAUAGGGUUUCAAGAAUUCAACAAUGAGUUAUCUGACAUUGGCCAUAUCCCAUGUUAUUGUGGACGUUGUCACAACCAGAGUGCUUUUGCUGUACGUACAAUAAACACGGUCACUUUAUUUUUCAUUCCAGUGCUUCCAUACUACUUUUCAAAGAGGUUAGUGUGUAAUAUAUGUGGGAAUACAGGUGACUUGGACGAUAUGGCCAUUAACCAAUUGAGAAGUGGCCAGCCAGUGGCAAUAGCUGGAUGA